AUGAGCUCCUUCAAAGGCAAAGUAAUCGCCAUCACAGGCGCGGCAUCGGGCAUCGGCCUCGCGACAGCAAAAGCCCUAGCCGCCCUCGGCGCCCGGCUAUCGAUAACCGACGUCAACGAGGCCGUCCUCGCCUCCACGGCGACCGAGCUCGCCUCCCUCUGCGGCGGCGCCGAAAACGUCUACUCCCAGGUCGCCGACGUGCGGGACCGCAAGGCCGUCGAGGCGUGGAUCGCGGCCACCGUCGAGAAGCUCGGCCCGCUCGACGGCGCCGCCAACUGCGCCGGCGUGCUGGGCGCGCAGGGCAACCGGGCGACGAUCCCGCAGCUCGAGGACGACGAGUGGGACUUCGUCAUGGGCGUCAACGCCAAGGGCAUCCUCAACGCCAUGAGGGCCCAGAUCCCGGUGCUGAGGGACGAGGGCAAGGGCGCGUCCAUCGUCAACGUCGCGUCCGUCUCCGGGCUGUACGGGUUGGAGUUCCACGGGGCUUACACGGCGAGUAAGCAUGCCGUCGUGGGGUUGAGCAAGAGCGCGGCGAGGGAGUUUGGGAGGAAGGGCGUGAGGGUCAAUGCCGUGUGCCCAGGCCCGAUUGAUACCCCUAUCCUCCACAAGUCUCUGGAGACGGCAGCGACUGGAGCCGAUCUCCCGCCCCCUUUGCUGGGACGCAUCGGGCAGCCGGAGGAGGUUUCGGCGAUGAUUACUUUCUUGCUCAGCGACGCUGCGUCGUACGUCACCGGGCAGGCAAUGCUUGUUGAUGGGGGUAUGCUGCCGUGA